AUUUUGGAUCAAGGGCUUGGUUGCAGAGUGCCUAUCCUGCUCUAUGAAGGUUGGAAUGAAUCGCGUUCCGUUUCACAUUCCUCUUGCAACUUCCACUCGGUCGCGUCAGCACAAUUGGCGCGGGCACUUUCUGCACAAACUGCAGGAUGCCCUCAAGCCCGCCCAUGCUUGCGCAAGGCAGAUUUCGCAGUCAGCCAGGGGCUACCAUCACCGUUUUCGGCAUGUUUCCACACGCCGCAGCUGCAGUGCAGGCGUUUGCAGGCCAGCCAAAGUGAAGGGGAAGCUGAGGCUAAGAAAUCAGAGGAAAUCAAUUCCUCAGAGGGUGCCGCCAGCGCAGAAAGCCAGGACACAGAGAAGACAGAGAAGACGGAAGAGGCUCCAGACAAGUUGCUCCAGAAAGAACUUGCAGACCUUCAGGAUAGAAGAAGGAGCUCUAUGGUAAGCUUUGCGACCAAGAUGGUGCAGGUCUAA